AUGUACCACGUCCACGGUCUUACUUUGGAAAUGAUCAUGCAGACAAUGGACCCCGGACUAGGCACAUUUAUUUUGACCCCAUCCUCCAUAGAGUCACCGCAUUGUCAGGCGCCUGUCAGCACCACCAAAUCUACUUACCCUUGUGAUUUUGGAACUUGUGCGAGUAGCGAGGAUGGUAGAAACACUCUUCUGACACAACCAGACGCGUCUGCAGUCUCUGCAUUACCAGAUUCUCUUAUUGUUACACUUGAACACCCAAGGAAAGAAGAGAAAUGCGAGAGUAAAGGGAGUAAAGUGGACAACAACUUUCCCUGUCUCAAAUAUUCAUCACUCCAGAUCACCAAUAAUGUUGGCAAGCCGAACCUGAACUUAUCAACUGUAGCCUCUUGUCCUAACUCUUCUGAAGCCAAUGAACCCAGCCAUCUAGCCACUACAUCUUCCACAACUUCUGUGCCAAUGGUCGGAUCAACUCACACUCAGCCUCACCUCCACAUUCACCAUCACGCUCAUUCGUCAUCUGCAUCUAUCACUCAGGGGCCCGGGACUGUGCUUCCCCUGCUUAUGUCGCCAGAUCGGCCCCUUUCGAGCUGCUUGGCCAGACACUUCGACCCACCAACGAGGCUCAUGUUACCGCACGGACCUUCAGUCGUCGAGCGCAGGCGUGCCCUUGAACAGAUACAUCUAGCAUCCACCGAAGUCGCAGUGGCUGCAUCUACUCCAGCAUCUGCCAAGUCUGGUUUAGAUUCUAGAGUUUCAGGGCCAGUUCAGCAGUUGCUCAUCUCGAGCUGA